AUGGAUGGGAAUAUAAUAUUUGUGGUCUGUUUUGGGGGUGUUGUUCUUGCUAUUUCUCUUGUUUCUAUGUGCUGGGAGUUCGUCGUAAAACCUGCUAGAAUUCGGAAGAAGAGAAACCCAGACAAUCCACAAGCUGUUCACGAGAAUACUGCUCCACAGGAUGCUGCUACUUCGGUCCACGAGAGUAUAGCUCUUGAAGAUUUAUCAACUACAUCGACCGGCGAUCUGACUAACGCCUCUAUUGUGACGCCGUUGCCUCUAUAUCAAAGUGACAUUUUGCCCCAAUAUAGUGAGGUUGGAUUUGACGGUUAG